GUCUUUCUUUGGUGACUCUGGACCCAAAGACAGCGCAUCCAAACCUCGUUCUCUCUGAAGAUCUGCGCUGUGUGAGACACGAUGAUACAAAGCAGAUGCUCCCAGAUAACCCAGAGAGGUUUGAUUCCAGUGUUGCUGUCCUGGGAUCUGAAGGAUUCACUUCAGGGAAACAUUAUUGGGAAGUGGAGGUGGAGAACAAGACCAAAUGGACUUUGGGAGUGGUCAAAGAGUCCAUCAACCGGAAAGGGAACAACACAUUAUCACCCAGGGAUGGAUACUGGCUUAUAAGGCUCAGAAACAGGAAUAAGUUUAAAGCUUUGGAUAUACCUGCGAGAGGUCUGACCCUGAGCACUAGCCUGUCUAGGAUUGGGGUGUAUCUGGACUAUGAGGGGGGACAGGUGUCCUUUUAUGAUGCUAAUAAGAUGUCCCAUAUCUACACUUUCAUGGACACUUUCACAGAAAAGCUUUACCCAUACUUCUGUCCCUGCUUGAAUGACUCCAGUGAGAACAGCGAACCCCUGAAAAUCUUCUUCAACAUGUAGGAGCAGAUUUGCUGAUGGCUGUGAAGCAGGGUUCCCUAGACACCAGUAGGUCUGAAACACGGCUCAUAGAUUUAGUAACUGAUGUUACUAAAAAUGUGUUGAAUAUAGCAGGGUGUGUCCCUUCCAACACACCCAGCAUCACAAAUGCUGUUUGUAGCACUUGCCUCUGAUGCUUUCAUAGGGUUUUCCAGGUUUAGGGGCGGUAGUCUGGGGAGUGGGGAGGGUUUCUGGUAGUGGCUUGAUGGGAGGUUGGGACUUCUGCCAUGAGUGAGUCCUGAUUCAGUCUCACUCUAUUUUGUUGAUGGAAAACAUUCCUGAGGCCUGGAAAAUACUCCCCACUUGACCAGUUCCACGGGCUGGGACAGGAUCCAGUGGGCUGGGAUCUUGAAAGUGUGGAAGGUAAGUUGAUCAAGUCUAGGCAGGACUGGGUAGGAAACCAGCAGGGAGCCAGAUCCGAGAAAGUAAUAGAGCCAGCUGCAGGGAAGGGUGGUAUUUGGGCUGAGCUGUCUCCAAGGGGUUGCCUGAGGGCAAUGGAGUUGGGGUAUUGGGGGGAAGGAGCUGAGGAUGAGUAUACUGUUCUUCACUUGUUCUAAGGGUUAAGGAGAUCCUCUUAGGCAAGGAAAGGGUCAACAUUUCUCCUCUAAAUAAGACAGGCUCAAAUGGCCAAGGCUGGGAGAGAAAUGUGCAUUGGGACUCCUUGAGUGUAAAAGUUGCCCUUUUAAACCAAAUUUUAUUCCAUUCAGUCUCCUCUUGUCCACCAUAAACCAGUAUAGAACUCUGCACAGUAACCUAGAAUCAUAGAAUCAUAGAAUAUCAGGGUUGGAAGGAACCUCAAGAGGU